GAAGAGGUAAACCAGGUUCAUUGUUGGCCCAAACAAUGGUUUCCGGCGUGGGAUAUGGAGGUUAACCCCAAACCAAAGUCAAUCAAUGACACUCCCAUUCCUGUGCGAUUUCCGCCAGCAAAUUUCCUGCUCAAUACAGAAUUACAAGCAUUUCCUCUUUCACUUCUAGAAAUUGUGACAGUGUGAAGUGAAUGCUGUUUAGUGUAGCAACAGUACAGUACUAUUACCUACCGCUUUGGAAAGGUGCUUUUGCAAAUUAUACUCCUAUCUCAUUUGAAAACUAAGGUUUGACUUUAACAUUAACAAUAUUGAUGCCUCUUGAAUGUACAACAUGAACCGGUUGAAAGACAUUGCACCAAUGCUAAUGAGGACACUACUGAUUGUGAGUGGAAUAUUGCUAUGGGAAAAUGGCAGUUAUGCAUUCAAUAUGGACACAGACAAAGCUAUAGUGCAUGGAGGAACCAAUGGCAGUCUGUUUGGAUACACAGUGGCUUUCCACAGGGAGGGUAACAUCAACAUGCUAUUAGUUGGGGCACCGAGAGCCCAAACCUCCCAACCCGACGUGAAUAAAGGAGGUGCCGUCUACCGUUGCCCUGUAUCGGCCGGAGACUGUCAACAGAUUGAUUUUGACACCACAGGUCAUCCUAUGAACGAAGCCGGGCAACAAGUUGGUAGCAAGUCACAUCAGUUUUUUGGAGCGACGUUACAAAGCUCUGGUCCUGAUGGUGUCGUGGUGGCAUGUGCUCCACGGAGAGUAUGGUCGGUAACCAACUUUGCGUCUCCAGACUCUCGACGGUAUCCCAAUGGUGCAUGUUUCACUGCGACCAACAACUUCAGUGACAUCCAGGAGUUUACGCCGUGCAUAGAUCCAUCUGAGCCGGGGGUUCAUAAAAUAAGUGCAUGUGAAGCUGGAUUCAGUGCAGCUGUCACAGAGGAUCUUCAAUUAAUUCUUGGUGGGCCCGGAAGCUUCUACUUCCAAGGCCAAGUGAUAUCUGUCGCCCUCAACUCACCAGAUGUGCAAUUCACCCCAGAACGUGAAUUAUCAUUUGAUAAUUUCUAUCGCGGUUACUCUGUCGUCACUGGUAGAUUCGGCCCGACUGGGGUGUAUGCCGCGAGUGCACCCCGCGGUAAGGGACUGCUUGGACGGGUGUCAGUAUUGAACGAGGACUUGACUGAUACUGAUAUUGAAAUUUUUGGGUCGCAGGUUGCUGCCUACUUCGGUCAUGCUUUAGUCGCCACAGAUGUCAACAAUGACGGAUUUGACGAUUUGAUUAUCGGAGCGCCUAUGUAUGUGGAUCCAGAUAAUCUAAUUGAAAGAUGGGAAGUCGGCCAAGUGCACGUUUACUGCCAAAAUGCACUGGGUAAAUUCACGGAAACUGACACAUUGACUGGUACCCACCCGGGAGGUCAAUUUGGAUUCAGUAUUGCUGCACUAGGAGACAUCAACUACGACGAUUUCAAUGAUAUUGCCGUUGGAGCUCCGUAUGCCGAUGACGGAAUCGUCUACAUCUAUCAGGGGCGGCGAAAGGGAAUAAAGCAGACUGUCUCCCAGAUCUUACGACCGUCUGAUUUCGGCUUGAAUAUAAAAUCAUUUGGAACGUCACUAACGGGUGGGAUGGACAUGGAUGGUAACGAAUACAAAGAUAUGAUGGUUGGAGCGUCUGCAUCGUCUACCGCUGUGCUUGUCAGGGCACGACCGAUUGUAAAAGUUCAGAAAACAUUGAGUUUUGAACCAGAACAGAUUAAUCUUGAUGUCAAAGAUUACAGAUUACCAAUAGGGAGAAUGGCAACGAGCUUCAAUGUGACUGCAUGUUUCUCAACAAGAGGGAUGGGAAUACCAGGCAAUAUCGAUGUUCAGUACAGUCUAGAAUUAGACGUAAGUUUAACGACCACCGAUCGAGCAGCAUUCGUUCAGGAAAACAAUUUGGAGUCAUCAAAGCUUACUCGAACAAUUCAACUCAUUAAAGAUGACAGCUUCAAGUGUCAGAAACAUCUAGCCUAUGUCAAGAUUGUUAUUCAAGAGAAGAACUUCCCUAUAAGUGUUCGUCUAACCUAUGAACUUGCUUCUUCGAUGACUAACCCCAUGGAUCCUGUUACCUCAGAAGUGCAACCAAUUCUAAAUGAGCUUCCAGUGCCUGUUCUUGUGGAACCCCUGUUGAUACAAAAUACAUGUAAGAAUUACUUGUGUGUUCCAGACCUCCUGCUGACCGCUAAAACCACUACUGAUAAUGUGGCAUUGGGUGAUGACUGGGAGCUAAGCAUCGACGUUGAUGUCACGAACUAUGGUGAAGACGCUUACGAAAGCUCCUUUACAGCUGUCCUACCAGAGGGUGCGGCAUUCGCCAGACUCCAAAGGAUCUCCAAGGAUUUAUCCGUAGAGUGUCUGGCGGAUGAAAACACCGGAGAAGUGGAAUGUGACAUUGGAAACCCGCUUCCUGAGGAGCAUACAGUGAGUUUUAGACUGAUUAUAAGAAAUGAUGGAUUGUCAGGAGCUGCUUCUAUGUUUACAAUCGAGAUGUCUGUGGAUAGUUAUAACUAUGAACCGAGGAACAUCAGUGGCGACAACUAUGCUAAUGUUACCGUCGGAGUAUAUGCAGCAGCUGAGCUAUCACUUUUUGGGAUAUCUGCACCACAGCAAGUUCUUUUCUUCUUUCCAAAUGAGAGUCAAAUUAUGUCAUUAGAGGAGCCUGAAACAGAGCAGGAGGUUGGGCCAGAAGUGCAACACUUGUACAUGCUUCGAAAUCUUGGACCAAGCGAGAUUGGAGAAACAGAAGUUAAAAUCUUCUGGCCACUUGUAGAUGCCGACGGGGAUUACUUACUGUAUCUGAUCAGUGCCAAUCUCGGAACUGGAGAGGCAUGCACGGUAGAGGGCGGUGUGAAUCCUGAUGACUUGGAGCUGCAGCCAGUUAUCAUCAACGAUACCAGUUCACGUAAGCGACGUCAGGCUGCCGACGAUGGAACAUCAGAAGCAAUACCCCAAAGUCAAACUGUUCAGACAAUCGAAUGUAGUACAAAGUCGUCAUUUUGUGUUGCAAUCACGUGCACGGUCGUAGCACCCAGUGGUGCUGGUGCAGAUAAAGACAGUGCGUUUGUUCGAAUCAAAUCAAGGAUGUAUGAGAAAACAUUCUUUGAGAACAAAUACAGCGAAGUUUUGAUUACGUCGAUGGCUACUGCUACUGUGCUUGAGAUGCCAUACAUGCAGUCACUUCUUCCCGAUAAGUUCCCCGUCGCUUAUUCUGAGGUUUCUACUCAAGUAAUUGGGCAGAGUAAUUCCGUUAUCCCAGGGCCCAGGGUGACUAAUAUUCCUCUGUGGGCGUAUAUUGUUGCUGUGAUUGGUGGUGGUCUACUUCUAGCUAUUAUCUUCUUCAUAAUGUGGAAGGUUGGAUUUUUCAAGAGGAAAAAGAUCGUUCCUGGUGAUCCUCAGGCAGCAGCCCAGGAGAAUUGGCAGAAUGAUGUUCUAGUCCCUGAAAAGAAAUGAUCAGCGGUUUCUUAACCAUUUAAACUAAGCAGAGCACACACUAAUUGUCAUCUUUGUAUGACGAUAUUUUUUUGUUUACACUUAAAAGAGAAACUUGGAAAAGAAAUCUAACAAUAUAUAAAACUGUAAAUAUUACUGGCUUUCUUGAAUUUGGCACUUUGUGCUAUACAAAUUAAUAGGAUUCGAAAGAUGUUUAAAAAGUAGAAUCUUAAUUCACAUAAAUAGGCCUAUCCCUCAGAAUUGUGUACAUUGUUCUGUUUACUUUAUAAACUAAAACUGUCUACCAUUACGUGGAGUCCAAUUUAAAUGGUGUAUUAAUUUAUUUAAAAAUGGCGGAUCUUCAUCUUUCCAACCUUUUUAUGUUUCAUAGUAGGCAGCCUCAAAAAGUCGUCGCCAAAAGCGCCAAUUCCGAAGAAAACGCGUCUCCUUAAUUAAUAUUAUAGUUCGACAGACCUAGGAUUAGGCACCGCGUCCGUAAAAUACGACACAACAAAACUUUGCAGAUUCAUACAAAUACAUUGUCAUUAUUGUGAUGAUGACAAACAAAUGGUGAAAGGCAUUGAGAAGUCCAGCAUCCAGACCUCUUAGCAGCAUGGUGUUUCGAUACUCACGAUUUUACGAAAUAAAUAACUUGUUUUCUUUUCGCAUUAUAUAAAAAGCGACUAAUGUAGAACAAUUUCGUACUCUAAGCUUUUAAGAUAGUAGUAAAUAUAAUAGUUAUAAUUAUUGCCAAACUUGGUUUGAUGUGUAGCCUAGUGCUCCAUUCGUCCAAGAAUUAUUAGCCUCAUUGCAUGUUCAACAGCCUAUGUUUUUUUCACAUCAUAAAUGUAAAUGGAAGAAGAAAUCAAUCAAUACAAACGAUAAUAGCUCUUUAAAAAACAUAUCAGUAGUUCAAAGCUUAAUGGCAUUGUAUGGAAGUGGGUCAUUGAUCAUUACAAUAGGUCAGGAUAAAAAUACUGCAGUGACGUGGAAAGUAAAGUGAGCAAAUAACUAUGCUAAAACUUUGUGCUGGCUAGUACAAGUGGUUACACAACAAGUAAGAAUAGGCAAAGCAAAAUGCAAGAGCGGUGAUUAAGGAACGGAACGUCCAAGCCAAACCAAAAACCUUGUUCAAUGCAAUUGAGUUAAAACACUUUCACGGCAAGAGUCAUUUGCAAUGGAGCCCUAAAAAUCAUUCGUGUUCUUCCAGGCAAUAUUUGUAUCAGUGUAAGUACAUGAUAUUCCUUGUUUUAUUACAGAACAUCACAGAUUUUGUUUGCCAGCAAAACAGUUGCUGGCAGUGUAAGCACUUUGUGUAAUCCACCACAUACAUACUGACAUAAACGUUUGAGAACGAUCGGCCAUCUGGGUCACGAGAAAAUAGUGAAAACCGCUUACGCAUUACAUUGCAGCGAUUUAAACAAAAAUUGAAUAAAAUGCUCACUGAAAAAUAAACACCAAACUGGAAAUUUAUUUUAUUUAUUUCUCAUCAAAUAUGACAUUUCAGACAGAACUAAUAUUUCAAGGGAUGUUUUUCUACUAUCAUUGUCAUUAGAACGUGUACGUUUUAUGACAAGCUGUGAUCUUAAACAAGUUUUUGUCUUGCCAAUUAUGUAAUUUUUCUUUAAACAUCAUUCUUAAAACAAUUUAAACACCAGUAAACGUGUUAAAUUAUGUUUCUAAUUAAAGAAUCUCGGUUUUGGGGUGAAAUAACAAA